AUGGAGGAUUCCGAAGUGGACUACGACUCGCUCCUCGAGCAAGCCACCCAAGGGCUCGGCCUUGCAUUCAUAGCAGACAGCUUACCCCUAAACACAAACAGCCACGUGAAUGACGCAGACUCUGCCGACACACAGGCGGGAAUGCAUAUUCCUGAACAAACCGACUGGUUGAACGCCCCUAUUCCGCACCCGUUCAACUUUAACACUCCGAUCCCAAUCACAGACAUUGACUAUACACUACACACGACCUGGUAUCCAGACACGAUGCCCAUACUAACUGAAGACUCACCAGGUGCUACGCUAAACUCUUCAAGCAUCUCUACACAGUCGCCUGGAUUCUCCUCGGCGUACAGCACUUCACCACUAUCUACCAAUUACAGCCCGCAAGAGCAAUUGCUCCCACCAAGCCUUGGUCCAACACCAAAACCGACACCUACCCACGCUUCUUCCCCCAAGAAGAAGCGCCCACAAAGACGUCGGGCCAAGGCAAAACCCGGCACCCGCCCUUGUGAUAAAAGGAGGGCAGAACGCAAGUACAACAAGAAAGCUCAGUGUGUCUUCUGUUCCAAAAGAGUUCAGUGCAAUCGGGACUUGGACAGACAUUACAAGGCAAAGCAUCCUAAGGAGGCCGCCGAGAUGGGAAUUGACAUGAGAAAGAUUCCCUGCAAGUUAUGUACAGAGACAUUUUCCAGACCGGACCAUUUGAAGCGACAUAUGAGGGACCAGCAUGGGAUUGAAUGA